CACACUUCCGGUCGACUUCGCCAUUUUCAGUUGUUUUAAGUAUUGAGUGUGUCCCGAAUACCAAAUUAUAAUUGCACUGGUUAGUACUCGUGGUUAUGUUUGCACUAAGAGUAAAGCUAGUGAAACGAUAGUCGUGUGCACACAUUGUCCUGUACAUUCCAUAUCCAUAUCAAGCGUCCAGCUUUGAACUAAUUCCAUCGGGACGCAAGAGUCUGAAGACUACCAUGGAACCACCUCCAGUCGCCCUCAAAUGGGACCCAAAGAACCUCGAGAUCAAGACACUCUCCGUGGAGAAAACGCUGGAGCCCUUGGUCAUUCAGGUGACCACGCUGGUCAACACCAAGGGGCCCUCCAAGAAGAAGAAGGGGCGGUCCAAGCGUGCCCACGUUUUGGUGGCUGCUGUGGAGAGGGCCACUGAGAACUUCAUCAAGAAGGGCGAAGAGAUUGCGACAGAAAAUCCCGACAUCCACCAGGAGAUGAUGGCUGCCGUGGAGGAAGUCCGCAAGACAGGAGAGGCCAUGAGCAAGGCCUCGCGAGAGUUUGCUGAGGACCCCUGCUCGUCCGUAAAAAGGGGUAAUAUGGUGCGCUCGGCACGCAACCUCUUGUCCGCGGUCACCCGUCUGCUCAUCUUGGCGGAUAUGGUGGACGUUCAUCGACUGCUCAAGUCCCUGCGUGUGGUGGAAGAUGACUUGGACAAGGUGAAGAAUGCAUCGAGCCAGUCCGAGCUAAUGGAGUUCUUCCGGAACUUCGGGGUGAACACUAUGGAGCUAAUUCAACAGGCUGCCCGCAGACAGGCGGAGCUGAAAGACUCAAGAUUACGGGACGACCUUGCUGCUGCUCGAGCAGUGCUCAAAAAGAAUAGUAUGAUGCUGCUCACAGCUUCCAAGGUCUAUGUUCGUCAUCCUGAGCUUUUGGCAGCGAAGGAAAACCGGGAUUUCGUUUUCCGACAAGUUUGCGAGGCGGUCAACACAAUCGGCGACGUGGCUCAGGGGCGCGCGGGUGCUCUGGUGCCUUCGUAUGAAGGCCCUGGCGAGCUAGCCGCCGCGCUGGACGACUUUGACGAGCGAGUGGUGCUUGACCCGCUGACGUACAACGAAUUGCGUACCCGGCCUGCUUUGGAGGAGCGACUCGAGAGCAUCAUCAGUGGAGCAGCACUCAUGGCAGACUCGUCGUGUACACGUGAUGAGCGGCGGGAGCGCAUCGUUGCCGAGUGCAAUGCGGUGCGGCAGGCCUUGCAGGACCUGCUUGCAGAAUACAUGGCGAGCGCAGGCCGCAAAGAAGAGUCGCUGGACAAGGCUGUCGAGCAGAUGGGGCGCAAGACACGGGAUCUGAGGCGUCAGUUGCGAAAGGCAGUCGUAGACCACGUUUCUGACUCUUUUCUCGAGACGCAAGUACCGCUGCUCGUGCUGGUGGAGGCGGCACGGGCUGGGGAUGAGCGGCAGGUCGAAGAGUAUGCUCGCGUGUUUGCCGAGCAUGCGCAUAAGCUGGUGGAAGUGGCCAACCUGGCAUGCUCUAUGUCUAGCCAUGAGGACGGUGUCAAGAUGGUGCGCUGCGCAGCUGCACACAUUGAAGGACUCUGCCCUCAAGUGGUGAACGCAGCUCGGAUCCUGGCUGCCCGACCACGCUCCAAGGUAGCACAAGAGAACAUGGACGCUUUCCGGGAUGCUUGGGAGACGCAGGUGCGUCUGCUCACCGAAGCUGUGGAUGACAUUACCACCAUCGACGACUUCCUUGCAGUUUCAGAGAACCACAUCCUGGAAGAUGUAAACAAAUGCGUGCUAGCUUUACAAGAAAAUGAUGCCGACGCACUUGAUCGCACGGCUGGUGCUAUCAGGGGCCGCUCUGCCCGUGUCUGCAACGUGGUCACCUCGGAGAUGGACAACUAUGAGCCCGGUAUCUACACCGAACGUGUACUCGAGGCAGUGGCGGUGCUAAGAGACCAGGUCAUGCCCAACUUUGCCCAGAAAGUGGAAAUGGCCGUGGAGGCCUUGAGUGCAAGUCCGCACAAAGAAAUGGACGAAAACGAGUUUAUUGAUGCAUCCCGGCUUGUCUACGACGGGGUGCGCGAGAUCCGCCGUGCCGUACUUAUGAACAGGUUUGACGUUGACUCGGAGGACGAGAUGGACGGCUCAGAUAUCUCUGGCAGCUGGCGUUCUGUUGGCUCUCGGAGAAGCAGAGCUAGUGCCCAUACGGCGGACUAUGACGAAUAUCCCGACAUCAGCGGUAUCAACAACACUAGGGAUGCAUACCGGUUUGUGUCCGAAGAAGAGAAGCAGAAAAUCGCUGCCCAGGUGGAGACGUUCCGCACAGAGAAGAACAAGUUUGACCGCGAAGUGGCAAAAUGGGAUGACACUGGCAACGACAUCAUUGUGCUGGCCAAGCAGAUGUGCAUGAUCAUGAUGGAGAUGACCGAUUUCACCCGGGGCAAAGGGCCCCUCAAGACCACGAUGGACGUCAUCAACGCAGCCAAGAAGAUCUCGGAGUAUGGCACCAAGCUGGACAAACUGGCCCGCACCAUUGCCGACCAGUGCCCAGAGUCGAGCACCAAGAAGGAUCUCAUCGCUUACCUGCAGCGCAUAGCGCUCUACUGCCACCAGCUGAACAUCACCAGUAAAGUGAAGGCCGACGUGCAAAACAUCUCCGGGAACCUGAUUGUGUCUGGGCUUGACAGUGCUACGUCCUUGAUCCAAGCAGCCAAGAACCUGAUGAAUGCGGUCGUCCUGACGGUGAAGGCUUCCUACGUGGCUUCUACCAAGUACCCACGGAGCGGCGUCGUGAGUUCUCCCAUCGUCGUGUGGAAGAUGAAGGCCCCGGAGAAGAAGCCGCUCGUGCGCAGGGAAAAGCCCGAGGAAGUGCGGGCCAAAGUGCGAAAGGGCUCGCAGAAAAAGAACAUCGCACCCAUCAAGGCCCUCAGUGAGUUUCAGAGUCUGGCCGAGUCAGUCUGAGCAGCAUGCACCGUCCCCCUUUGCACGGCCGAAACCCCCCCUCCAUAGCCUGCAAGCGUAGACCCCUCCGGUGCUCUAGUACGCUCCUCUGUACACUACUCAAGAGGUCCCCUUGCCCCCUUCGUCGUACCACUGCCCAACCCCCUCACAACGACUCGUUCCCAUCCCUGGAUGUUUGUCCCUUGUAGCGAGCUGUGUUGUGCUCUUGUGGACCCUUGAACAAGGGCAGUAUUUCUAUUUGCAGCAUGAGUCACAACUGCUUCUUGCCCGUUCGAGUGGCGGACGGGCCCUACUCUCUCUCUCUCCUAGCACUUCGUUAGUGGUGUAGAAACAGCUUCAUCUCUGUGUGGAAAACUGGUGGCUACUACUGCGUCCAAACCUUAGCUCAGAUUGCACCAUCCCAGUCACCCAAGUGGACUUUCUCUCUCCUCCUACUACUACCGUCACAACCUUGUAAUCACUGUAGCAUCAUUUGGUGGAUCUGUCACUUACUGAUACUCAUGGUGGCAUGUCACAAACUUCUAUUAACCGAGAAUGUGCAUCCGAUAGGUUUUCUACACUAGCACUCUUUUGGUCUCUGGUGCUUUUCUAACUUCACUAACACCUGCUUGUGCGUGGAACUUCACAGGAUAAUGGUUGUAAUGGCUGCUUAGUCCACUCUGAAAUCACGGAAGGCCCUUGUCUGUUUUUUUUUUUGUUUUUUUUAUUGUAUACAACCUUCGUUUCUGCAAAGAUUGUUAUAUUUAUUGCCGAUAUCUUAUAUUUGAGGAUUUUGAACUGUUCAGUGCACCCUACAACUUGAAAGAUUGUAUACCAUUCAGAUGCGGCUAUAUUGUAUGGAAGGAUUGCAUAGGAGACUAGCCAACAUAUCUCAGUGUGCAUUUGUUUUUUUGGGGGGGGAGGGAGGCAUGAAGUUUUGAUCCCCUGUGCUCCGUGGCGAGCUGUAACUUGGAUGUGGGCGUAUGUUCCAGACUGUAUAGAAGAGAAAUUCUAAAUCUUUUCCACAAGUGCUGUCGUAUGUGUGUGUGCGUGUCCAAAUAAAGACAGAUUUGCACUGC